GCUCUCAGCCAAUCAGAAUCGCGGAUCAGACUCCGACAACAAACAAAAGACCGAGGCUAGCUGAGCUCAUUAGACUCUGUGGAUCCGUGCAGCCUACCGUUAGAGGAGCCCUUUAAAGACCUCCUCUUGGACCUGCUCGGCACAAAGUCCUCUCCUCCUGUCUGGAUCUGGGUAUUUGUGUCAGCUAAUGUCAACCUGAGCCGUUUCUGAGACCGCCUCAGCUAAACGCGUUAGCCAGGUUAGCUUGCGUGCUAACCUGGGUCUCUACGGCCAGCGGAGCCAGAUACUUUGCUACACCUCCCUUUAAAAAAAACUCGACCCUAACGGACACUCUGGAUUCUUACUGACUCCAGUAAAACCUCCUACUGAAGACCAUGUCUGGUCAGUCGUCAGGCUGUGGGUUUCUGAUGUCGGUGGUGGUCCACGGAGACUCGGCUCUGAACGAGCAGGAGAAGGAGCUCAACCAGCGGCUUCGACGGCUCUACCCAGCCGUUAACGAGACCGAGACCCCGCUGCCCCGCUCCUGGAGCCCGAAGGACAAGUUUAGCUACAUCGGCCUCUCCCAGAACAACCUCCGAGUCCACUACAAAGGUCAUGGAAAAACCCCCAAAGAUGCAGCCUCUGUACGGGCCACCCACCCGAUCCCAGCAGCCUGCGGGGUCUACUACUUCGAGGUGAAGAUCAUCAGCAAAGGCCGAGAUGGGUACAUGGGCAUCGGCCUCUCAGCUCAGGGUGUGAACAUGAACAGACUCCCAGGUUGGGACAAGCACUCAUACGGAUACCACGGAGAUGACGGCCACUCCUUCUGCUCAUCCGGCACCGGGCAACCCUACGGACCCACGUUUACAACGGGCGACGUGAUCGGCUGCUGCGUUAACCUCAUCAACAACACCUGCUUCUACACAAAGAACGGCCACAGCUUAGGUAUUGCCUUCACAGACCUUCCCCCUAACUUGUACCCGACGGUGGGCCUUCAGACUCCAGGGGAGGUGGUGGAUGCAAACUUCGGCCAGCACCCCUUUGUGUUUGACAUUGAGGACUACAUGCGUGAGUGGAGGACAAAGAUCCAGGCACAGAUCGACCGCUUCCCCAUCGGAGAGCGCGAGGGCGAGUGGCAGUCCAUGAUCCAGAAGAUGGUGGCUUCCUACCUGGUGCAUCACAGCUAUUGUGCCACGGCCGAGGCCUUUGCCAAAUCCACAGACCAGGCCGUGCACGAGGAGCUGGCCUCCAUCAAAAACCGACAGAAGAUCCAGAAGCUGGUGUUGUCAGGUAGAAUGGGCGAGGCCAUCGAGACCACCCAGCAGCUCUACCCCAACCUCCUGGAGAGGAACCCAGACCUCCUCUUCAUGCUCAAGGUGAGACAGUUCAUCGAGAUGGUGAACGGGACAGACAGCGAGGUGAGGUGUCUCGGUGGUCGCAGCCCAAAGUCUCAGGACAGUUACCCCGGCUCCCCCAGGCCCUUCAGCAGCCCAAGCCACAAAGCCAGCAGCUCCCAGCCCUACCUCCCAGGGUUCGAUAGCAACUGCUGUAACGGCGUGACGUCUAAUAAGAGCCACAGCUCCUCCCCUCACAGUCACAAGCCCUGCCCCCCCAGCUCUGGCUCCACCCUCCCGGCGUCUGACAUUAGCCUCAACGGGAGCCGCAGCCAACAACCCGUAACCAGUAGCGACGUGGACAUGGAGGUCGACCACUUCACCAACGGAGUGACAGAAUCGUCCUCCAACGGUUUCCUCAACGGCAGCUCCAAACACACCACCGAGCCUGAAGACUGUGACGCAGACAUGGAGGUGGAGUCUGCUCAGUCCAAGAGGCAGCUGUGCGGCGGGAGCCAGGCGGCCAUCGAGAGAAUGAUCCAUUUCGGCAGGGAGCUCCAGAGCAUGAGCGAACACCUCCGCCGCGAGUGUGGCAAGAACUCGGCCAACAAGAAGAUGCUCAAGGACGCGUUCAGCCUGCUGGCCUACUCAGACCCCUGGAACAGCCCGGUCGGCUACCAGCUGGACGCCAUUCAGAGAGAGCCGGUCUGCUCCACUCUCAACAGUGCAAUAUUAGAGACUCACAACCUGCCCAAGCAGCCCCCCCUGGCCCAGGCCGUGGGCCAGGCCGCCCAGUGCCUCGCCAUCAUGGCACGAACUGGCACCGGCUCCUGCGCCUUCGCCUCUGUGGACGAUUACCUGCACUAGCCCUGUGCAAACACACAAACACAGAAACACACACACACAGGAACACACACACACACACACACACACACUGAGGACUUGUCCAGAACCGCCCCCCCCCCCCCCAGACCUCCUCCAUCAGUGUAGCUGCAUUAGCCGAGGAGUCGCUCCUCUGCACGAUAACGACUAGUAGGAAGUUAACCACCUCACUCGCUUCUUGUUCUGCUUUUAUCGAUCGGCACCAACGCCACCGAGGAUCAGGAGCCGCUUCUGGACAUUGGUACCACAUUUUAGACAUACACACAUACACACACACACACACACACACACAUACACACACUCGCCCACCACCGCCCCCCCACCUCUCCCCGUCUUUAGUAUAAAACUACGCCUCAACCUUGGUUUGGCCUCGCAGAACCCCCCCGCCUCCAGCUGUCCCGAGGCUGUGUCCGCAUCAUUCUGACUGACCGAGAGCGCCAGGGGACGCCAGCCAAGAGUAGCUGACGCGGAAACACUCGGAGAGAGCCGAACUCAUGUGGACCAGAAACCCCAGCCUCCCCCAAAAAAACGGGGUCUACAGACUGUCAUUAAAAAAAUAAAAAAAGGACCCUGGUCUAAAAAGUAACUGGAAACAUACCAAGAAAAAAACGACAACAGAGGGACCGUCAUGGCCGACCGCCCUUUAAUAUGUGGUCCCUGUAAACCUGGACACACGUUACACACACACACACACACAUGGAGGCGGGCUGAUGCUGAACACAGGAUUGGAACAGGAUUGGAAGUCCACCAAGGCUUGCCGAGUGCUCCUCCUUCAGCCAACGAGAGGCUCCGUUACGAACAGCAAACCCCCCUCCCCCCCCUGUGACCCCCACCCCUGCACCAACUCCCCUCCUCCCCCUGACCCCGCCCUCCACUCACUUCAGGACUUUGGCGAGGAUUUGUGUGACGCAUGUGGACUCGGGGACUUCGAAGAAGCCAGAGAGAAUCCAGAGUCUCGACUCAAAGUUCCCUGUUUUUAAUCUUUUUCGUUUGUUUUUGUUUUCACGGGGCGGAGAGAGAGAGAGAGGGGGGGGGGGGGGGGGGAGGAGGGCGGGGGGGGGGCGGUUACCUGGCUCUUGUUUUGUUUUUAGUUUUUCCGGGUUUACAAGGCAUGGUGCGGACGAUGAUUAUUAUUAUUAUUAUUAUUAUUCUAAUUAUCAUUAUAUUAAUUAUUGUUACUUGCAUUCACAGUAUAUUUGUUGAGCGCCAGCGAGAGAGAGUUCCACCAACUUAUUAUAAUAAAGGUCCCGAUUCCACCGAUUCCCAGUGACGAGCGUGUGUACAUGUUAACGUUUAUAUAUGAAUUUAACAAAAUGGAAUUAUAUCAAUAGAGUGAGAUAUUUAGUUAUCAAAUGAAAAGAAAUCAUUGAAAAAAAAAAAACCCAAUCCUUUAAUGCUUUGUACCGACUCCAGUGACUCCUGAAGCGUGCUGGUCGUUUCCAGUCUGUACAAGUUUUUAUGUUCCCCGUCUCAUUGACUUCAGGGUUCCUGCGCAGAUCCACCUCUCAGUCAGUCAUCGGACCUGGUUCCAGGUCUGUCAAAUCCACUUUGUCACACCUGGUCUUAAAGCUCCUGUGAGGAACUCUUGGGUUUGUGUUGCUUCUGGCGCCCCCCUGUGGACAAAAUGAUCACCUCUUGACAGUCAGCUGUGUCACUGCUGAUCAUUAUUUUAUUUUGAUUCAUAAGCAGAGGAUUUAAACCUUGAGAGUUUCCUCAAACAGUCUCCUUCAAGACUUUUAAACGUUUCUGGAGAAAGUCCGGAUCCUGCGUGGGAACCCUACAAUGACCUCUGACCCCAUUUUACUUGCCCCCCCCCCCCCCUUCCAAAAAAAAAAAAGAAACCCUGCUGCACAACAGGUUUGAUGCAAAUGUUGUUGGUUUUUAUUUUCUUAUCGAUGUCUAUGCUAAUCCUUAACACACAACGAACUCAGGAGCCAAAAAUGUCCCUUUGUCCCUCCUCCUCGGUUUAGAACGCCAAAGUCCAGCCAGGCAGCCUGGGCCUCGAUCGCAGGCGGCCUCGAUCGCAGCACAGCUACGGGUUUUCAGACUUGAGCUCGGAUCAGAAAAAACAAGCAACAUCCUGAAUCCUGCUUUUUAAAAUCAAACUGAACUUAAAAUACUUUGUUAAAAAAACAUUUAACUUUUGAAAAAGUGCAUGGGGUAAUCAUGUGGCUAGCAAUUAACAAGAAGGACAGUGGAAGCUUGCUAGCAUACUAAGCUAGCGCUUUCAUUUCAAACCAGGUUUACAGUUUUCAGAUCGUCUCUCUUUUGGAACUUCCUGUUACCAUAUUUGGUAAAAAGCGAUUUAACCUAGUGCUACAUCAUCAUUAGCAUUAUUUCUCAACUAAUGGGACUGUAAUCAACAAAAUAAAAGUAGUGCCGCAGUAAAACUAGAUCGUACGCGACAUGAAGGCCGUCUCAGUUUCUGAAGAGGCAUUAAGAGUCCUUUCAGUGGGAGCGGCCAUAUUGGAAACGCCGACUCCAGCUAGCUUCCGAUUCACCCAAACACAGGCGGAGUAGAGGUGGAGUUGAAGCCAAAUGUCCCCGUACAGUUUGUAAGCCAAGUUAGCCGUUUCAACAUGAGCCUCAAGUGGCCACUCGAGGAACUGCAGUUCUUGUUCGUUAGCUUCAUUCUGAACACCAGAGGGCGCUGUUAGCCAUAAAUCAUUCACAGUAUUUUUACUGAGACAAUACAUCGAGUGGGAAAGUGUCUCAUUUUCUCAUAGACAUACAAAAACAUACUGUUUCCACAAUCAGUGGUGUCGCCCCCUGCUGGCCAUUUAAAGACACUUCAUGAACAGUGCCAGUGUGGGAACUAAGAGGCUGCAAAACCCCGCCUCCAGAGAUGGGGGGGUAGACGUGCAGCAAAGGGGCGUGGCUCGAUGAGGACCGUUUCCUCUGUACAUGGGGCGCCUAAACCAGUGUCUAGUUAAAAAAACUAGACUUUUGGUCUCCUUAUCGGCUGUUAAAGAUCCAAAAGUAUCACCAAACUUGGUCCCUGACUGAUUUUAGUUUCAGUUUGAUUGUGGGCAGCUGGAGGGAACCUGUUGCUUGUUUUGUUUUUGAGUGAGCCUGAUCGUUAGCGUUGAUUUACCUUCAGUCCACCCCUGAAUGCGUGCUGCUCCCUGGUAGCAUAUCGCUGUCUGGUUAUUCCUCUCAAAGCUGCUAUUAAAUAGCAUUCAGGUAUUAAAAGCCCUUAAGCUCCACCUGUUUCAAACUACCCAUCAUCCCUCAGAGGCGAGCGCCCCUCUGCCCGUCACGUUACUGUUUUGUUACAAGACCCUCGUCUGACCUCGUGUUUUUGUUUUUUUUUUAGUGCUCAAACUUUAAAAACAUCAAGAAAAAAAAAACAGCGCUGAUAAGAAAAAGAACCAAAUCCUCUUAGAGGGCGUCGCAGCUGUGCGUUAGACACGACAUCCACCUUCUCCCGAAGUUUCUCCCAGGGGUCCGGAGGCGACUCUUCUCCUCACGGUGGAACCGAGCUUUUCUGUACCUUUUGGUUUGUUUUUUCGUUUUUUGUUUUUUUUUUCUUAAUUUGGAUCGCAAGCAGUCACGGCAUCGUUUAGAAAACUUCUUAGACAAAGUGUCUGUUGUCUCUUUCUGAGUAAGGUCUGAAACCUAUGCAUGCCAUAGUAAAGUGGUGGUAAGAUCAAGUUAGAUGUCUCUUAUUUGAAUCUUUUUGUUUCUCCUUCUUUUAUAGCCAGUUCACGGUGUAUAAGGAAGAUGUCAACCAGUAAGUUGUCCACUGCUGACUGUGUGUCCAUUUGGAGAAAAAAAAAAGUGCAAUUUGUGUGAGGGUGAAAAGAUUUAUAUUAAAAAUGAUAAAUGAUGAA